UUGGUCCGUGCGCUCGUACUUGAGCUCCUCGCCGUACGCGGCUGCCUUUCGCGGACCACCUGCUCGUUCCGCCCGCGCGGAGGUUUCUUGCGGCGCUCCCUCCAGCUUCCCGGGCUGCAGGGAAAGGGCUGGGUCGUCCCGUCGCCGGCUCCCGACAGGACCCCGCGUCGCGCCGCUGAGCCGUCGCAAGGCGAGAUGAACGCCGACGCGGCGGCCGGGGCGCCCCUGCCCCGGCUCUGCUGCCUGGAGAAGGGUCCGAACGGCUACGGCUUCCACCUGCACGGGGAGAAGGGCAAGGUGGGCCAGUUCAUCCGGCUGGUGGAGCCCGGCUCGCCGGCCGAGAGGGCGGGGCUGCUGGCCGGGGACCGGCUGGUGGAGGUGAACGGCGAGAACGUGGAGAAGGAGACCCACCAGCAGGUCGUGAGCCGCAUCCGCGCCGCGCUCAACGCCGUGCGUCUGCUGGUGGUCGACCCCGAGACGGACGAGCGGCUGCAGAAGCUGGGCGUCCCGAUCCGGGAGGAGCUGCUCCGCGCCGAGGGGGCUGGCGGCCACAGGGAGCCGCAGGCCGCCGCGCCGGAGCCCCGCGAGUCCGAGAAGAGCCACCCCGAGCGGCGUGAGCUUCGGCCUCGGCUCUGUGCCAUGAAGAGGGGUCCCAAUGGCUAUGGCUUCAACCUGCAUAGCGACAAGUCCAAGCCAGGCCAGUUCAUCCGGUCAGUGGACCCAGACUCGCCUGCCGAGGCCUCGGGGCUCCAGGCCCAGGACCGUAUCGUGGAGGUGAACGGGGUCUGCAUGGAGGGCAAACAGCAUGGGGAUGUGGUAUCUGCCAUCAAGGCUGGUGGCGACGAGACCAAGCUGCUGGUGGUGGACAAGGAGACUGAUGAAUUCUUCAAGAAAUGCAAAGUGAUCCCAUCGCACGAGCACCUGAACGGUCCCUUGCCUGAGCCCUUUACCAAUGGGGAGAUCCAGAAGGAGAACAGUCGUGAAGCCCUGGUCGAGGUGGCCUCCGAGAACCCCAGGCCAGCCCUGGCGCGGUCCACCUCCAGCGAUACCAGCGAGGAGCUGAAUUCCCAAGACAGCCCCAAGAAACAGGACUCCGCAGCCCCCUCCUCCUCCUCCUCUUCCGACCCCAUUCCGGACUUCAACAUCUCCCUGGCCGUGGCCAAAGAGAGGGCCCACCAGAAGCGCAGCAACAAACGGGCCCCGCAGAUGGACUGGAGCAAGAAAAACGAACUCUUCAGCAACCUCUGAGCACCUCCCCCAGCCACCGAGGAAGCUGGAGGGGCUAGGCCUUCUCCCCCACCUCCUUCCCUCCCCCUCCUCCCCACUGACCCCUGAAUGACAAACAAAUCAGCACCAGCAUCUCCCCUUGGCAAAUCUGAUUCUUCUUGAGAACCGUGUUCUUCCCUCAUCUCAGGGAAAGUGAAUGUUUUUCUGUCCUACCCCAAUCAGAAAGCAGACUGUCCACCUCUUCCUGAGUGCACAGCCUCCCUGGUGUCCCCUUGCCCCUCACCUGGGACAUCACUGGGACCUGCACCUAGCAAGGAUCCAGGGACCAGGCGAGAGCUCAUCACCCCAAGUGAUGACUGGGCCUAGGGUUGGUCAAGGACUGGGGUUGCAGCAGCCACAGCAUCCCAAGAGCUGCGGGUUGGGCAGCUUUGUUCGGUUGAUUUUUUUGAGCGCAGUAUCGCAGAGUAGAGGGAUUUUUGUCUCCUGAUUAACAUGAUUUUCCAGGUUGCCGCCUCCAGGACAUAGCAGCUGCCUCAGCCUUAAAUUUUUGUUGUUUCUACUCCCACCACAGAAACCCUGGCAGGUGGGGGAAGUGUUGGCCCUGCCAGCCCUGGGCCAGGCACCACCAUUGUAAGGAAACUCCAUCAGAAAUUCAACUGGUUUCUCCAAACUGC